GUGGACUUGGGGUGUGAGUGCGAGUGCUGUGAGAUAAAGCUACACUGCAAAGAAGUGUUGCACCAAACCACUUUUCAGGCAGUCAUGGAAAACUUCCAAACUGAACUGAACAACUGUGUAAAAUUUCAAUUUGAGAUAUUCCGGAACGUAGCUCAGUUGAACAUAACCUAUACCUAACGUUACGUCAAAUUGAAAGUAUAGGUCAAGGUCAUCCCCAUCCCCAUCUGAAGUUUAUUGAACGCUGAUUUUGUAAUAAGAAGUGGGGCCUUACUGGAAGUUUCACGAUGUGGAAAGAUUAUAUGAGCAGGUACUUUCUUCUUUUCAUUCAUUUCUGGGUUGUGUUAAAACCCAGAAGCUUUGUCAAUGAUACGACUGUACGACAACAAAACUAAAAUUUAUCAAAAAUGUUUGGCAGAAUCACUUUUGUGCCUACACUUGUUUAUAACAUGGUGAUGGAAAAGUGCUCGGCUAGAAAAUGGUACAAUAGAAUCGAUGAAAAUGUUAUUCUUGGAGCCUUGCCUUUCCCUAAGUUAACCAAGCAGUUAACUGAACAGGAGAAUGUCAAAGCUGUUAUUUCUAUGAAUGAAGAUUAUGAACUCUGGUUUGCCAAUGACAGAAAGAGAUGGAAUGAAUUAGGAAUUGAUUUCUUGCAAUUAUCAACAGCAGAUAUUUUUGACACACCAUCACAACAAAAAUUGAACACUGGAGUAACCUUCAUCAAUAAAUAUAUCGAUAGUAAUAAUGGAUCAACGGUUUAUGUGCACUGCAAAGCAGGUAGAACUAGAAGUGCCACUCUAGUAGGAUGCUAUUUAAUGAAGAGAUGGGGUUGGACUCCAGAUGAGGCUGUAGAAUUCAUGCAAUUAAAACGACCACAUAUCCUUCUACACACCCCACAAUGGGAAGCUCUACGAUUGUAUUACAAAGAACAAGUAUCAAUAGGCAAUAAAAAUAGAUAAGGAGAUAAACUGAAAUGAUUCUCAACUUACCUAAUUCUGAGACAAUAAUUUAUGAAUUAGUAUUAGUUUUUUGAUUAUAAUGGUAGAAAUUCUAUUGUGAAUGAAGCGAAGGGAAUGUCAAAUAUUUUACAUGACAGAAAAUAUUUUGCUCUUGCUUUGUGAUCUAUGAAAAUGUCUGGGCUUACUUACCUUCUAUUUCUAAAGAAAAUUAACGUUGUAAGUUCAUAAUUCAGUAGUUUGAGGCCUACAGUUGAUCUUUAAGAGAAAAUACUUACAGUUCCAUAUCAAAUAUAGUUGAAGUAAAUAUCCGAAUGAAAAAGUAUCAUGAUCCCAGUACAUCAGUUGUACAAUUUUACAGUUUAAAGUUUUGUAAAUUUUUAUAAAUCCACAUGCUUUAGGGAUUUCAGCAUUUACCAGCUAAAUUAUAAAACUAGAAUAUAGAAUAGUAAUGCUCAAUUUUUAUAUUUCUUGUUGAUUUUUUAAAUAAAAGCCCUUUUCAUGUC